CGUUUUUUUUAAAAAGUGCACAAGAGGUUGUCUUCCUUUUCAUAUAAAUUGGAGGAGCAGAUUCCUUGCUGACCUCAGACAGAACUGCUACUCCUGGUAAUUCCUCCCUACCAAGAGUCUCUUGGGUUUCCCCCAAAGCCAAAAUGAAAGUCUUCUUCAGUCUGAUUGUCUUCUCUUUGGUGCUGGCUACAUGUCAAGGAGCAUGUCUUCAGGGUCUCUUUGAAGCUAAGCUUAUAGAUGGUAAACCAGUCAUGCCUAACGCAUGUGUUGACAUAUAUGAUAACAAGAAGCAUCUCCUUGGGUCCACUUGGAACACAGAUCAUUGUUACAGAUGCGAGUGCCUCAAAACUGGAUUCUCAUGUUGCCACAGAUAUGGUGGUAUUGGAAAUGUUGAAGGAUGUAAAACAGUGGUAAAUCCAGUAACAUGCCAACAUGAAUCCUAUAGGCUUGAUGAUCCAUCACAGCGCUGUUAAACUUGGAUUCUCAUCCCUUCACAUAGAUGAACCUGU